AUGCAAUAUAGAUCUGUUUGUGAACAGGUCCAACAGGAUGCUCCCAAGGUAUUGUUCUCUUAUUCUGAACAGAAAAGCCUUGACUACAGAACAAUUGCAACUUCUGUAAAAAAGAUGGAAGCCUUGGACAAACCCUCCUUGAAUACUAAUACCCAAAGUUCUAAGCAAAGUAAUUUGAGAGAAAGUGACGAUAACUCUGAUUUUUCCUUUGUAGCAAACGGCACACUGGUUUCCCAUCUUACUUCAUCUCCUUGCAGAUCUCCCGGUUAUAAUUUCACCAAACUCAAUUAUUUACAAUCAUCAGAGAUCGAACAGGAGAAUAGAACUUUGGAAUCUUUGUAUAGUGCAUUUAUCAGAAACGCUUAUCAAACAAGGGUCUUCAAGAAGGAAAUAUCAAUCUAUUCUUUGCGGCAUAUGAUUCAAAAGUAUCAAAAAUGGUUUUCUCAAAUAUUAGAGUGUGGUGUGAUUGGUGUGAAUAAUGGAACCAAGAUUCCACUUCUUGCAAUUUGGUAG